AUGGCAGUCAAGUCGCUCGUCAUCUGCGUUGACAACUCCAAGGAGUGUCUCAAGGCGGUGGACUUCGUCCUCGCGCACUUCCCGGAAGGGUACACGUAUCAUUUGCUGCACGUCCAGCCGCGCUCACUCGCCACUUCCAUCGCAGCAAGUGCGGCCGCUGCCGAGUUUGCCUACGAGAACAUGGAAGCUAUGGAGGUGGAGAUGGUUGCUGCCUCGGAGCACUUCCUGAGGGACGUCUUCAUGCCAAAGGCCGAGUCUGCAGGAGCAGAGGUGAAGCCUGUUGUGGUGGCAGUCCACAACGACAGCAGCAGCAACAUUGGCGCGGCCAUUUGCCACUAUGCAGCCACGGUCAAGGCAGAUGCACUGGUGCUCAUGAGGGAGAACAAGUCAGCUGUGGCGAGAUUCUUCCUGGGAUCCGUCACAAAGUACUGCGCAUCCCACAGCCUCACUCCCAUUGUCAUUGUGCCCAAUAAGAGUUUGUGA